GAAAGUUAGUGCAAAAAGGGUCAAUGCAGAUACUCUUGGUAGCUAUUUGGUUAACUAUUUAACUAACUACAGUAUUUAGCUGUCUUAUGGAUUGGGAGUAGAAGCUGUUCAGGAUCUUGUUGUUUACAUAUGUUGUGCAUCGGUCCAGCUUCUCAUGCGGUAGCAGAGAGAACAGUCUGACUUGGGUGUCUGGAGUCUGACAAUUUUUAGUGCCUUCCUUACACUGCCUGGUAUUGAGUUCCUGGUAUAGAGGUCCAUUCGGGUGUUAUUGGAUUUAUUUGCUAUUUGUUAGCCACUCUGACACAUUUUUCUCAAUAAAAUGGGAGUAGCCUUUGCAGUUGAGCUGGCCGCUUAAAGGAAAGGACUCAAAUCUUCCCAUGUAACUGUCAUACUCAUGGAAUUUGUUGCAUGAAUUAGCCUAAAUCCAUUUAUAGCUACAUCUAGACCUUACUCCAAUGCAUCGUAGAGAAUAGAUGAGUUUUAUAAUUUCACUCCAGCGUUAGGGAAUAGGUAUAAUGGUUAUGGUGCUAUGCAUGGCAUGUUUGAAGAUGACGAGUAGCCUACACUACCACUUUUGUAACCAAACUUUAGGCUAUAGAUUUGGUGGCUUUUAACUGGCACUGCCAGAAAACUGUUCAGUUAUCUUCUCUAGUUGCAUUCUCAAUAUAGCCAGGUGUUGUCUUCAAUAGCAAGUGUUCCACGCUUGUCUUUGGAUUAAAAAUAACUGCUCUGCAUUGUCCCACUUACCUACCUUUGCAAUACUCCACCAAAUAUAUUUCCAAGUAUUUGUAUUCUGCUCUUGGAAGGUGGAAAUAUUAGCCUCAAGUGUCAAAGCAUUUUUGUUUUUCCCUUAAAUCUUCUGUUUACAGUAUUUGCUUGGGAGUCACGUAGGCCUUCCCCAUUUAGCCAAAUAGCUACAGGGUUAGCCCAGGUCACUGACUGAAAGUAGGCUCUAGGUACUUUAAUUGCAAGGAAUCAUAAUUUGUUAUAUUCUUUACUUCAAUGGGUCAAGAUGUAGCAAGCAGAGAGAUUGUUUCUGUAAACAGAAUUGUUUUGAAAUUCAGAGAAGGGUAGGUCAGCGCUCACUUCCCUGCAUUUAAAAUGAACACAUUGACUUUGAAGUGGCACAGCACRACUCAUCAAAGCCACCACCCUCACACUUUCCUGUCUAUCCUCCUCUGUGCAGGAACAAGUGAGCACGCCGUCCUCUGCGCACACUCACCCACCAGAGGCGGCCAGCCCAGCCGGGACCAUGAGCGAGCGUGGCCCUCGCACGGAGGCCUCCAUGUUUUUGGAGGUGGACCGCCUCGAGCGCGAUGACAACGAUGAAGACAAGAUGGCGCACUACGACGACGACGACAAAGACGAUGCCGACCUAAUGUCGGCACCCUCGGGCUCCCGCGUCUACGACCGCACUACGGUGCUCAUCGAGCAGGACCCCAUCCGGCUGGACGAGGAGGGAGAGGAGGACCAUGGACACUGCGUGGGGGACGACGACGGGGGSACUUUCCUAGUCGACGGGGACCUGGACGAGGAGGACGAGGAGGAGGGCUCUAUGACCUUCAUGGGCGACCAGGACGGCAUGUCGCAGGGAUACGUGCAUCACACCAUCUCGCCCGACCAGAUCCAGUUCAUCAUCAACCCGGGGUCCAUGGCCAUGCCGCGCAACAUCGAGGGGGCCACCCUCACUCUGCACUCCGAGUGUCCAGAAACCAAGCAAAGGGAGGUGAAGAGGUACCAGUGCAUGUUUGAGGGCUGCACACGGACCUACAGCACGGCGGGCAACCUGCGCACACACCAGAAGACCCACCGGGGCGAGUACACGUUUGUGUGCAACCAGUUGGGCUGCGGCAAGGCCUUCCUCACCUCCUACAGCCUGAAGAUCCACGUGCGCGUUCACACCAAGGAGAAGCCCUUUGAGUGCGACGUGCAGGGCUGCGAGAAGGCCUUCAACACCCUGUACAGACUGAAAGCACACCAGAGACUGCACACGGGGAAGACGUUCAACUGUGAAUCAGAGGGAUGCACAAAGUACUUUACCACACUCAGUGACCUGAGGAAGCACAUUCGCACUCAUACUGGGGAGAAACCAUUCCGGUGUGACCAUGAUGGUUGUGGCAAGGCGUUUGCUGCCAGCCAUCACCUAAAGACGCAUGUACGGACACACACAGGGGAGAAGCCUUUCAACUGUCCCAGUGACGGCUGUGAGAAAGCAUUCAGCAGCCAGUACAGUUUGAAGAGUCACGUGAGGGGCCAUGGGGCUAAGGGCCAGCCCUUCAGUGUCACCCUCACCCACCCCUUGUCCGAGGAUGCAAAUCAUUCACUGUGCCUCAGUGACUUGAGCCUCAUCUCGACUGACUCGGAGCUCAGAGAAAACAUCCACAAUUCUCAGAACUUGGACUUGAGCAGUGUUACCCCCGUGAGGAUCUUCGAGCUCAUGUUCCAGAGUCCGGAGAACAGUGUUAGUCAAGACGAUGCACAUCCUCACGAGCGCCUUGUUGAAGCCUUUGGCCAGGAGACUGGCCAGUCCACCAUGGGCGAUGGAUCCACCCCCAUCUCCUUCUCGUUCUCCCUCGUUCCUUCCUCCUCAUCCUCCUGUUCCCACUCCCACCCUCACCCUCACUCCCACACCACCACCACCACUGUCCUUGAGGCUUCCUCCCAGAUCCCUCUAAGCCAAACCCCCUCUUCCCAGACUCCAGCACCUCCUGCCCCCAUUAGUAAUAUUACCACAGUCAGCUCUACCCAGCACCCUGCCACCUUCGUACCCUUACCCACUGCCCUGCAGACGCCAGAUGUGCCUGCCCCCUACGUGGCACUGCCCGCCCAGACUGCUCCAAUAGUGCCCUCUACUGUGCCAGUAGUGGUGCCAGGCCCAGCCCUGGCCAACGCGGCUCUGGGCGCUGUAGUCGCCACCACAGAGACUGUGCCGCUGCCGGCCGUGGCUCACACUCACACCGUGCCUUUGGCCAGCAACACCAACCCUGCCCUGGUGCCCCCAGCYUCUGCCCCCACUUUCACCCCAAGCCACAGCCACACCCAGAGCCUGCUGCAGCCCAGCAUCAUCAUGUCCGACCAGAACCUGCAGUGGAUCCUUAACACCGCAGCCAACAACCAGCAGAACCCAGAGCAAGCGGCACACGGAGGUCCAAAAGUAGAGAAGGUCUUCUUUACCACAGCCAUACCAGUGGGAGGAAAUUCAGGCAACUCUGUCCAGCAGAUCGGCCUCAGCCUUCCCGUCAUCAUCAUCAAACAGGAGGAGUCAUGCCAGUGUCAGUGUGCCUGCAGGGACUCUGCUAAAGACAAGACCUCCAACAAGAGCAGCAACGCCUCGGCAGCACCACAACAACAGCCCGCAGUGCCCCCCACUCCUCCACCUCCCCCCGCUCCCGUGGCACUGCCCUUUCCCCCCGUACUCCCCCCGGCGCCCUCUUUCCCCUUGUGCUGCCUCCCACCGCUCACCUCAGAAGUGAACGAGUCCCUGCCUCUUCCCCAAACAGGUGCAGUACUAGGACCGGGUAGCCCCUCAACCUCUGUACAUACGUUCUCCACAGGGGUGGCCACGGCGACCACCAACCCCCCUCCUAUCACGGAUGGUUUGGCCACCAUGGACGUGUCGGACUUCCUGUCCCUGCAGAGCCCCGAGAGCACGGCCAACAUCGAGGCUCUGCUACUGGUGACCAGCAGUGACGACUUCACUAUGGCUGGCGCUAGCACCACCAUCAACCCCUAGUGGACACUAAGGCUUUGUCCCUAUUCUCCACCCUUCUCUUGCAUACUCCCAGUCAUGGAUUUAAAAGCAUUGAGUUGGUGUAAGCGUUGGACAGAGGGAGUUUCUACCAUUGUUAAAUUAAAGGGAGUGUGCAAAUGCACACUUUAGGAGAAGGAUGUAGAAUCAGGACGCAGCCGCWCUUUCCGAUUUACCCACUACACGUCCGCUUUUCAAGUAUUGUAAGUGAAACUUAAUGAGUGGGCUUGUUUUGGAAAAGCAGCAAAAUGCAUGCCAGUCUAGAAAAGUGUUCUUAAUUGGCUGGCUCUCCAUCAAACAAGACACUGUCUUGAAAGGCCCUAAGAACUAUUGUCGGCUUCUAAUUUGGCGUGAAGCUGAUUCCUGAGAGAAGCAAAACAAAACAUUGUUGUCUAUAUCCAUGUACUGUACAUUAGUUCCUAACUGUAACUAAUACGAUUAGUUGGUAAGUGAUUGACCAGAAUGCACUGCAUGUGAAGUGAAUUGGAAUUUCAUCAACUAUAUUUCCUACAAGGAAUUUGUGGCAGUUUUGCCAUUCCCUUAAAAGCAAUGUAUUGCUAAUGCCAUAAUGUGAAGAGUAAUUUCCAGUGUUUUAUAUAAAUUAGCUAGUGUAGUCCAGAUUUUUGUUUUGUCUUUCGUCUCGCUUUGUUAGUUUUUGUCUUUCUUUACAGGUAUAUUUACCCAUUGAAAAAGAAAUUGCCUGUGACACAAUUUGCUUGACUUUUAAAUAUAAUUUAGAAGUCAAUACAUUAGUAAUAAUACUUUUUUUAAUUAUUGGAGAGAAAAAAUCCAAAUCUCUGACCUUAGACUGUCAUCAAGUCUCAGCUUAUUGAUCAUCAUUGUUAAUUUAUUCCACUUUUCGCCUAAGGUUUCUUUUUUAGUCCCCCUUCUGUUGUUACUGAUUUUUGUUUUAUGGAGCCCCGCUCAAUCUAAGUUUUCAGAAAGCCGUUUUAACACUGCACCUUAUUGCAAUUAAUUGUACAUCGAGGUUGUCAAAAAAAGGUCCUCRAUGGUAUUUUUGGUCUGCAAAACCUCUUCACAAUGAAAUCAUGGAUCAAGGAUGAAAAAAAUUGCUCUCAACCGUGUUUCUCUAUGAAUUACAACCCACUCAGGGAUGCAUCAUGGCAUAUCUAAUUUAUACAACUUGAGAUUUUCCUUUAUUUAAUAAGAGAUUGUCCAUUUAGACAUUUUAGCAGUCAACUGCCCGGAUGCCCAUCGAUUGUAGUAGCCCCCUUUUUCGGCUGCACUCUCCCCUCUUUGUGCACUGUCUAAUAUGACCAGUUAUCUGCGUUAUUACUAUGACACUAUUUGAAUACCACUGCGGUCAGAUGUGGUUUGUUUCUGAAGGGUGUUGAUGGUGUAAAUACGGUACAUUUAAAUAUGAACACUUAUUCCUUUAGAUUGUUUUAGAAUGUAUUUGUUUUGUAUAUCAUUUUGAAUAUGUAGACUUGAACCUUGGAGACUAAAGACGAUACCCCAUGCGCUGCCCUUUGUCUUUGCAUUCUGCGCCCAUGCAGAUGCUCACACAUCUUAUGCAGAAGAGUUUAAAAUGAGCCUUAUAAUGGUUAGUUUUAGGGCCAUUGGCUUCUGUGCAGUCAACAUAGUAUUUAUUUUCAAAUGCAAGCAUAAGUAACUUUCUUGGAAUAUAUGACGAUAUUGUUUCACAUGGGACAUAAUGCAAUGAUUACAAAAUUGGAGAGAAGGCAUUAUGCCCUAAUAUGUGUAGAGCAACCUAGCCUUACUACAGGAUAUCUCACUUGCUGUGGCUUACUGAGCUGGCUCCUUGCCUUGUCAAUCUUUGCCAAUGGCUUGAUUUGGACACGCUGCCUGACUACUUCCUCUUGUUAAUCUAGUCUUGUUCAAUGCCUUUUUAGCAGCUGUCUACAAGUGGACAACAGUACAUUAAAAAGAAAUACGUAA